CUUUGCGUCCUAAAUUGGUACUAUUGGUAUUAGAUAUAGUGGGAAUAACAGAUUAGUGUUUGUGUUAAUGUAUCUUGAUUGUUAGGCAGUGGACUUACCAGUAUUUUCGUCAUAGUUUUCCUCUGAAACUGAUUUCAUUUAAUACUUUUAAUAUGAAAGUUGUUGUGAUUCUGUUUAUGUGUUUGUAACAAAUCUAAAAAUAUAGUUUAUGAUGGAAAUGGCACGUGAAUGGAUACGUCAGAUUUUAUGGAAAAGAAUGAUGACGUUCAGUAACAGGCCAAUCCUAUUUAGAUCUUCACUUUAUCAUGUUUUUGGUGGUUCGAAGAAUCAAUCUAGAUUAUAUUCUUCCGACCAGGAAGGCCUCCAGUCAAAUCCGUUUUUCAAAAAAUACGAGGAUAAAAUUGCAGCUCUUCAAAAGUCAUCCCCUGAAGAAUUCAGCCGUCUAUUACAAAAUGUAAAGGAAAAUCAAAAUGCAAAUCCUGUGAAAAAACUGUCAGUGUCGUUAAAAGACGCUACAACUAUCGCGAAUGAAGAAACCUUGGGAAUUUCUAAAACAAGGGACUUAAACAAAAUUCUUAAAGUGAAUUUACUUGAUGACAAAACACCUGAAGAAAUUAGUCAGAUAUGGAUGCAAUACCACGAAAGUAAAAGUGGACUGUUUGCUGUAAUUCCAGCAAAUACGUAUAAAAAAAUAUAUGAAAAUGCUAAAUUAUUCCCGACGUUUAUAUAUUUAGUGCCUCGAAAGGAAGGUUAUGAAUUAUUUGUUGGACAGUUUGUACAAAAUGAAUGUCACUUUACACAGCUGAUUAAGUUUCAGUCUUACAAAGAAAAUGCACCCCCUUGUCUAACUAUUAUUCACUAUCCUGAACUUCAGGAUACAAAAGAUAUUGUUCUAAUGAGUGGUCAGCAUGAUGAAGAAGUGCUUAAAAUUGAGGAGGCCCAAUGCCUUGUCCACCAGUUCCAACUUUAUUAUGGUCAAGAACAUGGAGAAAGACAUGAAAUUCUGAAAACUUUUAAUAAAGAUCCCAACAAAUUCAGUCAUAUGGAUGUUAUCAAAGAGUUUAAAAAAUGUUUUGGUUGAUAUUAAGUCAUAGAAAUGAAGUAUGUGAAAAUUAAUGGUAGUUCAGUUUUGUUCAGAUGAAUUUGGAUAUUAGAUACAUGUAAGUGAGUGAAAUUAUAUAAAACAAAGGCCUCUAUUUCUUUAACGAUUCCACCCACAUCAAAUAACUUACAAAGAUGUAGGAGUGUCAGUAAGGAAAAUCAGCUGAAUUGAUGUAUUUUUGGUAGUUGUGAAAUAGGACUGUGGUCGUCACUAUAAUAAUGUCAGGGCACUUACUGUCUUUUUAUAACCCAGUGUAAAAACAGUAUAAUACUACCUGUGUGAAAGAAAAACGUUUCCCAAUAUUUUACCAAUGAAGGAAUAAAGAUAAUAGUUCAUAUUCAGCUGAUAUAUGAUGCUUAUUUUCUGACUUUAGUACUUGAAUAAGUGCAGAAAAUUUAGUUAAUCAACACAAUGUUAGAUGUUUCUAAUAAUAACCUGCCAUGGUCAUCAAAAACACUUUUCUCAAUCGUAUCUUAUUACUUAAUAAUCACUAAACACCUAAACCUUACUAAAUGUGCAUUACUACACACAAAUCAUCCUUCCAAUUCCUGUUUUGUUUUUACACUGGUGGGGUCCAAAUAUUUUGUUAUACUGAGUAAUUUUAUGUUCUUGUUACAACACAGUGUAAAAAAAACUGGAAAAAAAUGUGUGCGAAAAUGCUCAUUUUGUAUGUAAAGUACAUCGUGGAUCCCAUAUUAAUGGGAUCAAUUGCAAUAUUAAUGAUAUUUUAAUUUUUUUGUGUGAUGCUUAUGGUA